UUUAGAGCUGGACGCUCGCAGGCAGUCGGCGAAGAACCCACACCACUGUGCGCAGUCACUGCGCUACGCUGCGCUUCUCCAAACGGACUGCGUAACGGGAAACAACGCAACCAGGACUGCAGGACUUAUUCAGGUGCAGCUUUUGCAGCACCUUUUUUUUUACAGAUAAGACGCGCUGUUGACUUCCCACAGAUGAUUCCCUGUGAUUUUAUGGAUAUUUUUAAUCGAUUGAAGUGCUCAAAGUGGGAUAUAAACCACAGCCACUAAAAGCGCACGGACUCCGCGCGCUCCCCUCCUGUUGGACUACGCUACAAAGACGCGCUGCGGUUACCAGGGUGACCUGACCUGAUCUUUGUGUUUGAGGAAAUAUAAACUGUGAGGCCAGCGACUUAGUGUCGCGUUGACCAUGGCCGGGAUGACGGUGUCGCUCGCGGGGGCUGCCUUCCUCCUGCUGGCCGGUUCCCUCUGCCUGGUGCAGGCUUUCAGCGACGAGGUGGAGGAGAUGACCUGCGACCCUAUCCGGAUCAGCAUGUGCCAGGGUCUCGGAUACAACGUCACCAAGAUGCCCAAUUUAGUCGGCAACGUGCUACAGUCGGACGCGGAGCUUCAGCUGACCACGUUCACGCCGCUUAUACAGUACGGCUGCUCCAACCAACUCAAGUUCUUCCUUUGCUCCGUCUAUGUGCCCAUGUGCACCGAUAAGGUGCCUAUCCCCAUCGGUCCAUGUGGUAGCAUGUGUCAAUCUGUCAAGAGGAAAUGCCUCCCAGUACUCCAGGAGUUUGGAUUCAUAUGGCCUGAGGUGCUCAACUGCAGCCUGUUCCCACCUCAAAACGACCACAACCACAUGUGUAUGGAGGGCCCAGGAGACGAGGACUCACCCUACCAGCCCAUCCGUCCUCCUUCCUACCAGGAGGAGUGUCAGGCCCUGGGAUCUGCCCCUGACCAGUACACGUGGCUCAAACAGACCGAAAGCUGCACUCUCCAGUGUGGCUACGACAGUGGGCUCUACCGACGGGGGGCCAAAGUCUUCACGGAUGCGUGGAUGGCAGUGUGGGCCGUACUGUGCUUCCUGUCAACUACUCUGACAGUCUUGACCUUCCUGUUGGAUUCCCAGCGUUUCUCCUACCCUGAAAGACCAAUCAUCUUUCUGUCCAUGUGCUGUAAUCUGUACAGUGUUGCAUACCUGGUACGCCUGACUCUGGGGAGGGAACGAGUUUCCUGUGACCUGGAUGCCACCGCGGUACCGAUACUAGUACAGGAAGGGUUGAAGAGCACUGGCUGUGCCAUAGUCUUCCUCCUGCUUUAUUUCUUUGGCAUGGCGUCCUCACUUUGGUGGGUGAUCCUGACACUCACCUGGUUCCUGGCCGCUGGACUGAAGUGGGGCCAUGAGGCUAUUGAGAUGCACAGCUCCUACUUCCACAUAGCAGCCUGGGCCAUCCCAGCAGUUAAAACCAUCGUUAUCCUUAUAAUGAGACUGGUGGAUGCAGAUGACCUGACUGGACUCUGCUAUGUUGGCAACCUGCAGCAGGAGGCGCUCACAGGCUUCGUGGUGGCCCCACUGGCUUCAUACCUUCUCAUUGGCACGCUGUUUAUUUGUGCCGGCCUGGUGGCUCUAUUCAAGAUCCGCUCAAACCUGCAGAAGGACGGUGCCAAGACGGACAAGCUGGAGCGGUUAAUGGUGAAAAUCGGCGUGUUUUCCGUUCUCUACACUGUCCCAGCGUCCACCGUCAUUGGCUGUUACCUCUACCAGCUGUCCAACUGGGGAGAGUUUAAGGCCAACACCAGGGAUUCAUAUGUGGCAUCAGAGAUGCUUCGAAUCUUCAUGUCACUGCUCGUGGGAAUCACGUCAGGCAUGUGGAUCUGGUCAGCAAAAACACUCCAUACCUGGCAACGCUGCUCUGCCCGGCUGAUCCGGGACAGCAGGGGAACCCGAGCGGGUAAGCGGGUACCAGGGGAGGGCUGGAUCAAACCAGGCAAAGGGAAUGAAACAGUGGUGUGAGAAGGAACGAGAGAAUGGACAGGAAUGGACUUCUACCUGCUUCUCUCUCACUUUAAUAAAUGUUGCGCCUGCCUUCGUCCGGCAGUAUCAAGUGGGAACAGGACGAGAGGGAGAUUGAUAAUGUGAUACAGGAGUGCAGCAGGAGAUUUCUCAAGAGAAGCCACUGGAUGUGACGACACCAGAGAAGAUUGCGAGAGUCCAAAAGCAUGCCUCACCCUCACUGGCAGACUCUGGAGUUAAGGAGAAAAGAGGACUGAGUCACACAAAUUGCAACAGCAGCCUCUCUGCCUCAGAUACACUCCAAUUGCCCAGAGAUAAAGAAAGCAAAAAAAAAAGUGAAGGAGAAAGAGAGACGGACAAGGCAGAAGAGAAGCAUCAAUAUGCAGACCAGACACAUCAAUAAGCUUUGUAGCACCACGUCUACCUCUGCCUCUCUUUCCUCCAGAGCCCACAGCAGAAGAGAGUGAAGCUGCUGGAUACAGGAAACCCUAAGGCCUUUGUGUGUUUAUAGGGUCUUAUGAAUUUUUAAAUGUUACACUGGAGGGUCUCGGUGCAGAUCUUACACAGAUAGAGACUGAAGUUUCCCCAGAAGGGUCUGACACCCUUGAGAACCCAUGCCAAAAUCAAAAUGGACAAUGUAAUGCCAGACAAAAUGUGAUGAAAAUCUGAAAUAUUCUCUCUGUCUGCAACAGACUCACAUUCGAACAACAUUCUUCAUUUUGUUCAUUAUUGUACAUUAUGAAACGACAGGUAUUGUUGCUCAGAAUUGUUUCUUUGGGGGGG